UAUGAUUUAUACUAAAGACUUUUUUUUUUUUUGGUGAUUUUAGAAUUAUGAGAGAUAUUUUAGUAAAAGAGGAGAUAGAUAAUAGGGUGAAAGCAACAUUGUAAAGAAUUUAGGGAAUGGAAUUUAUUGUAAAGCAAUAUUAUCAACUUCCCUAUUUCUUCUCGCUCCUCUAUAAUAUUUAGGGAAUAGAAUUUAUUUCUUAAAUUUAGAGAAAUACUAUUCAUAAAUGUAUAAUUUAGAAAAUUGAUAGAUGUGGAUGCUUUUAUAGGUUUGCAAAGGCUAGAAAGCAAAAUGUAUUUUAUAAAAUUUGAGGGGUGAAAUAAAAUAAAUAGGCAAAGCCAAUUGUUUCUCAAAUGAAAUGAAAUGAAAUGAAAUGAAAUGAACAGAAACAAUAGCUGACAUGGUUGUCAACAAAAAUCUAUUAGGCGACUGAAAGAAAUCAUUUUAAUACUCGUCUCAAACAAACCACUUUUCCACAUUUACCCCUUCCAAAAUCUUCAUCCAAACCCACCUGGUCCGCUAUAGAAAAAGGUUGGACUCAAAGUCAGAAAAUCCAUUUCCCAUAGUACAAUAGGCAUACAUCUUAUUUCAUGAUUUAUUUUUUUUUAUAUAAUUUGAGAACGGAUUGUGAAGUGGGUCUACAAUGAAUAUAAUUAUCUUUGUUACUACAAUAGGGAUAAAUUUGAAUUUGAUCUAACAAUGCUAACUCCGUGUUGGUUUAUCGUAAUAGAUCUAAUAACAUAGCUGGGUAUUUUAAAUAUCAUAAAAGUGCUAAAAGAAUUGAUAGACAUAUCAACCUUGAACCACCGUGAUAGAUCUAAUAACAUAGCCGGGUACUUUAAAUAUCAUAAAAGUGCUAAAAGAGUUGAUAGACAUAUCAACCUUGAACAAUGAUGAUAUAGGUGUCCCCUCGGAUGAGUCUAGUGGCUAGCAUAUGAGGUGUUACCACAAUGAGGUCUGGGGUUUAAAUCUCGGCAAAGUUAAGAUAAAUACCUCUCUUAUGUGCUAAUCAUUAUUCCAAAGGUUAGUAAUUGUCCGUGAUUUAUCUCUUUCGUAUUGACCUUGGGACGGAUUGACGGGGGCGUUAGGGGCGAACGUAUUCAUCUUUUGACACAAUUAAACAAUGAUGAUAUAGAUAUUAUCUAGGUGUGUAUGAGCACAAGUGAGUGUGAAUAGGCAUAACCAAUGUCACACGUAUAUGUGACCGGUAUAUGUGACCGAUAAGGGUUAGCCGCGAGAGAUUGACAGAGUGUGUGAGGGUAAAUUCGUCCUUUAAUCUUCCCCUCUCUAAAAUUGUAAACCACGGAAGCUAGAUUUUCUCCUUUCUCCUAUCUCCUUUGAUCCUUUCACCUAUCUCCUUUCUAGUAAACAUGGCCUUAAGGGUAUUUUGGUAACUGACUCUCUUUGACGAACCUACGGGUUGAAGAUAAAAUGGAACGAAAGCGAAAACCGCAAGUGUGUCCUGUUAUCCUUUUCGCUUCGGUCUCGUCUUCUCUGCCGCUUCCUCCUCGUACUCUGCUUGCUCCGUCUCCGUCUCCGGAAGAAGGCUAUUCUCUACGUGAUUUCCACAGGAUAUGGGCUCCGAGUUCGUGUCUGAAGGCGCCGUUGCCAUCGCCAAGAAAAAGAAGACCCACCGGUCGGCGAAAUUGAAGCAGUGCAAACUCGACGCUCGGCGCGAGCAGUGGCUCUCUCAAGGUCUCUGUUCCCGAUCUGCAGUGAAGAACAAGGAUUGCUUGGUGUCUGCAAGUAGAUCGCCUGCGUCGUCGCCGCCCCCUCAUCCGGCGCUGUCUAAGAAGAUGAAUAUCGGGCUGAAGGAAGAGGAGGAGGAAAUUCGGGUUUCGACGGAGCGUGAUGGAUCCAGUUCACACGACAGCGAGGGAGGCUCUCCGACUCAUGGGGGCAAUGCAAAUGGAUGUCCUGCUAAUAGUGUUAGUAGCGGUAGCAGUUUUGCAUCGUCAUCGAGAAGCCUCAGCGACGCCGAAGUGGAAGCGGAUGACCACGAGGAGAGAGGAGAUGAGGGAGUUGACGAUUGGGAGACCUUAGCGGAUGAGUUAGCAGAUGACCACAGUCAGCCUGAUCAGAACCCUAUAGCCACUCUGCCUGAUUCUACUGCAGAAUUGGGUCGCACUAACAAGGGUAACCAGGAGAGUUUGGAAAAACCUGAGGCUAAGCAGGCAGUCAAUAGGGCUUGGAGGCCAGAUGACACUCUCCGACCCCAGAGUCUGCCCAACCUCUCAAAGCAGCGGAGUUUCCCUGUUAGCAUGGCACGUCGCUUCGCAGCAUCUGGGUGGGCACAGCGUGACAUCCUCUCUACUCCGUGCCCCAUCUGCUGUGAGGAUCUGGAUCUAACGGACUCAAGCUUCUUACCCUGCAAUUGUGGCUUCCGCCUCUGCCUGUUCUGCCACAAGCGAAUUCUUGAGGCAGAUGGGCGCUGGCCGGGAUGCAGGAAGCAUUAUGCUCCUGUGGCAGGUGGCGAGGUUGGCAUUAUGAGUGAAAUACCAACCUUGGCUCUUCGCCUCUCUCGAUCUUGUAGCAUGAGUUCAAGAACCUAGGAAGAGUGAUCUACUUGCUAUCUUCUUUCAUUUUUCAUCCAGUGACUGUUUCUUAACUGAGGAUAACUGUGUCUUUUGCAUUUCAUUAAUAUAGAGCUUAUAUUAUUUUGUCACAAGAAAAACAUUGUGUGUAUAUGUGUAGGUAUCAACUGUAUAAGAACUGUUUUUGGUAAUUUAAUUUUGGGGGAAUGUGUUCUUCAUAUGUAUGGAUGAGUGCAUUCUCAGGCAGACAUACAAUGAAUGAAAGUUAGCACUAUGUUAAUGCAAAUUUGUUACAUAGGACAAAGUUCAAGUGUUAUUGUAAAUUUGUUUUGCUUUUACUGGUGUCAUUAAUUGUAAGUUGGGUUCUUGUCUUACCAUUAGCAUAUAAGGUAGUAUUUGUUGCAUUUGUUAUGGCAAAGGAAUUUUCUUUAUUCAAUACUGUAGAUACAUAUAUAUUGGUUUAUGUAAUGAUCUUUUGAAUCCACUAUGAUUUUACAUACAGGGUAUUUGAAGAGUUCAUAAAGAAAUUUCUUACACACAUCUUUGAUUUUGGAUAUGUUUAACAUUUUUGUUCUUUCUUCAAUGGCUGUUGUCUUUCUUUUCAAGUGCUAUUCAUCAUGUUCCAUAUAAUUUUGUUAUCACAUGCAAGUUCUUUUUGUCAAAAGAGAUUUAUUCAUCAGAUUUAUGGUAUAUGCAAUGGUUACACAUUUGGCUUCAGAGUGUAUUAUCCUUUACAUGCUCAAAUGAACUUAUGUAGCUUGACUUUUGAAGAUCUUACACUGGAAGGGGACAUAAUUAGUUUAAGUGCUAGUCUAUGAAAAUUGUCUGUAUUUUUCUUUCUACCUCUGACCAUAAAAUCUGAAUGUUGAACUGAUCUGUAAUCUAAUGCGAAGUUAACUGAAGUUUGUGCCAUAGGGAGGAUCUCAAUCCAUGGGGCAAUUCUGGGAGAAAUCUCUCCAAAUACAAUGUGGUGUUUCAGUUAUAGUUGGAGCUCAACUAUGCCAUUUUGCUUCUGAUUGGCGAAUUGAGUGAGCUUCUGUCAUCCAUUUUCUGAUAUUUCUCGACAAGAUAAUAGACUAACUGAGAGCAUCCUCAACGACAUCGUAGACUAGCCAAGAGCAUCUAUCUUUACAAGAAAAUCUUUUAUGUUUGUUUGGCAUCGUAUAUUGCUGCAUCUGAUGAGACUUCUCGAGAUAUUUGCAGAUAGAAUUGCAAGUGGGUGAUAUAACAUUCAUCUUCGCUAUGGACCAUUGUUUCGUUAUCCUGCAGAUUGCAUGUCUGCGAGAAGUUUUGAGCUGUCUGUGCUGAUGGAUUAGCAAAACAUAAGGUAUUUUCUAUAUUUGGAUUAUUGUCUCAAAAGUUCCUGAGCUGCUACUGGUCCUCUCCAUCAUCUGGUAUUUAAGAACAUCUUGAUUUCUCAAGUGUUGGCAGUAUUAUUCAAUUUCUUGCCAUCCUUAUGCCUUACCUUAUAAAAAGAGUAGUUGACGUCAACUUGGUUUGACGAUAAGAGUUAACGAGAAACCACAGGCGGCUCUUCCCUUGGUUAUUGAGGUUUGGUCAGUUGGUCAUCACAAGGUUCUUUGAGUAUUCAACAUUUCCAGUUAUAGGAUCAACAUGAAUGGUGCUGAAGUGUUUUGACAACCAUGUCAUGAUGAACUACAUUUGUAUAGAAAUUUGGAAUAAUUUUUGUACAACAGAGUAGUCGAAUGUUAUGUACACGAAGAGAAAAUUAUAGACUAAAGAGGCAUUGUUCGCAAGAGGAAUUCUGGCGAUGAAGCAAUCUGCUUUAUUUUGGGAAGUACAACCUUGCAUCUGGUGAGCAUAUAUGGUCACCAUUUGAUGAUGAACUACAUUUGUAUGGAAAGUCUGGAGCAAAUUUCAUGAAACAGAUUGGCCGAAUGUAAAGUACCGGAAGAGAAGAGACUUAAGAGGCGUCAUUUGAAAGUUGAAUUCUGGUGAUGAAUCAAGCUGCUUUAUUUUGGGAUGAUAUAUUACAAACUUCAUUCUAACGAGGUACACUACAUGGCUGGUCUUGAUGUCAGCGAAGGUGUUCUCCUCAGGUAAGUGCUAUGAAACUUGUUUUUAAUAUUUUUCUUGUUGUGGAUUCACCACAGUAGCUAUUUUGAAAUACCCAUUUAACUAUCAAAUUGGGUAAGCGAUUUUGUUGCUUCUGUAAGUUUAAACUGAACAACCAUGAUUUCGGCCCAGAUGAUUUACUUCAUUGUCUGGUGCUGUGAGAUUAAGAAUUUAUCCACAGAAGUUGGCAUUCACUAUUAUACAAUUUGCAAACAUGUUAUUACGUUAGAGUUAAUUGCUAAAUAUGCCGUUCACAUUUAAGAUUUUAGUCAUCUAUCAGAUACUUUUACUUUUAACAAAAAUUAUGUUUCAAUUUGUUCAAUUUCUGUAUAGUAUGUCUCGUUCAAUUUGUUAAAGUGGAAAUGUAAUUCCGUUACCGAAGUUAUGAAUAUGAUAGAUAACAGUUAUUUUCAUAUUAAAUCCUUGUCGCUAUACUAAAAGAAUAGAAGGUGAUAAACAAAUAAAUCAUGUACCUGUGUGAUCUUUUGAUGCCUAAGUACAUUUUGGCAUAUAAUUCCUUUCCAAAAUUGGAAGGAGAUGCAAUUGUUCCAACACUAUUUUGAACUUCAACUCAAGGUUGGCCUGAUUAUGUCCAUUUCUGACUCCUAAUCUGUCUCAAGUUGCAGUUAGACACCAGGAAAUGGAUCGUCGGGUUGGACCGAUCUCUCCGUGAAGUCACCGGCGCUACUGCUACCUACAUCUGGUAAUAUUCUCUCACCAUUGGUCACGCUUUACCAUAUGUGCACAUCACGCCUUGGAUCGUCAAGUUCUUUUCAACGUAAGUGUUUAUUUUCUUCCUAAGCAGCUUAAUGACUUUUAUUAUUAAGGAAGCAGGCCUUGCUAAUUCAGCUGCCAUUUAGAAGGUAUGAUUUGAUGCAUAGUGUAAUCUCUUGGAAGUUUUCAUUCCAGUGGACAAUUGUUAUUCAUGUUGAUGAUUAUCUUUGCAACUUUUAAUAGCUUUUAGAAUUUCUUAGAGCCAAAGAUCUUACUUGUCAUGCCCAUGCAGACCUGUUUGAGUCUGUUCUAUCUUAAGAAAUCACUCUAUGUGAUUAGAGUAUUUGAACA